CCCGGCGCGGGGAGAGCGCCGCCCGCCCCGGCCCCGUCACACCGAUUCCCCCCGUGGGUCCUCGGAAGCGGCCCCGAUACCGGCCCUGUCACGGACCCCCGGUACCGACCGCCGGCGCGGCCCCUCCGCCCCCCGAGAAGCGUUUUUGUUGUCCCGUUUCCCAGGCGCUUUUCCCAUCACCCCCCGCGCCAUGGCGGCGACCGCCCGCGUGCCGGCCCAAGAUGGCGCCCGCGUGAGGGAAGGGGUGAUGUGUGAGCUGCUGGUUUUAGUGUGUUUAAGGGCUGCGGGUGCUUUCGGGCGCGAGUAGCGGCAGCGCUGAGGGGCAGCGCUUAAAAAACCACCAGAUCGUUCCUCUGCCGUCAUUCUCAUCGCAGCGGCCCGUCCGUGAGGCUACGGCCCCGCCCCGGGAGGUGCGCGGGGUGGCUGAGGAGGUGGCGGGACCAUGGCGGAGGAAGGCGAGCGCUGCGACCCCGACCGCGACACGGCCCCUGUGGCGGAGGCCGGAGAUGGGGCUGAGCCGGACAGCCAGGCCGGGGAAGACCCCGCGGAGAGCCCCGACGUAUACAGAUACAUUAAGGGAGACUUGUUCACCUCCGAGAUUUAUAAAGUAGAGAUACAGAACCUGCCCAAAUACAUCGGGUUUAAUGAUGUGAAAAAGUUCCUUGCCAAGUACGGGCUCAACCCUCACAAGAUAAAACUCUUCGGGAAGCAGACGUUCGCCUUCGUGACGUUCAAGAGCGAGGAGGAGCGGGACAAGGCCAUGCGGGUGCUGCACGGCGCGCUCUGGAAGAGCCGCCACCUCAGCGUGCGCCUGGCCAAGCCCAAGGCAGACCCCAUCGCCAAGAAGAGGAAGCAAGAAGAGGAUGCGGAGCAGGGAGAGGCGAAGCGUCCGGCUCCCUGCGGAGAGGAGCCCCUGAGCAAGCGGAUCGCGGACGUGGUGACCCCGCUGUGGAACGUGCCCUACGAGGCGCAGCUGGCCCAGAAGAAGCAGGAGUGCGAACAAGUGCUGCAGAAGCUGACAAAGGAAAUAGGAAAUAACAACAGAGCUUUAUUACCCUGGUUGUUCCUGCAGAAGCAGAAGUUUAAUAAAUUAUGUUGCCCACUGGAGGGAGUGAAAGCAUCACCCUUGCAGACCGAAUAUCGCAACAAAUGUGAGUUCUUGAUUGGGAUUGGUGUAAAUCAAGAAGACAAAACUGUGGGUUGUCGUCUUGGCAAAUAUAAGGGUGGUACAUGUGCUGUAGUGGAGCCAUUUGAUACUAUUCACAUUCCUGCUAUUGCCAAAAAAGUAGUAAAAGCUUUCCAAGACUACAUAAGGUCGACUCCUUACUCGGUGUACAGCCCCGAAACCUACGAGGGGCACUGGAAGCAGCUCACGGUCCGCACCAGCCGCCACGGCCACAUCAUGGCCAUUGCUUACUUCAACCCUCAGAAAUUGAGUAAAGAAGAGCUAGCUGACCUGAAAAUCUCUCUGGCAAAAUACUUCACAGAAGGGAUGGGAAAGAGCAGUGGUGUUACUUCCCUGUACUUUGUGGAGGAAGGACAGAGGAAGUCUCCCAAUCUAGAAGAUUUGCCUUUGGAGCAUGUGGCUGGUGAUAAGUACAUAUAUGAAGAACUCCUUGGCCUAAAAUUUAGAAUUUCUCCUCAUGCAUUUUUUCAAGUGAACACCCAAGCUGCAGAAGUGUUGUACAUGGCCAUUGGGGAGUGGGCACAACUGAGCCAAGAGAGCACCGUGCUGGACAUCUGCUGUGGGACAGGAACCAUUGGGAUUUCUUUAGCAAAGAGAGUGAAGAAGGUAAUUGGAAUUGAGCUCUGUCAGGAAGCUGUGCAGGACGCCAAAGCAAAUGCCCAGAUUAAUGAACUGAAUAAUAUUGAAUUUUACUGUGGGAAGGCAGAAGAUAUUGUUCCUUCCCUGAUGAACGUUUUAGCUCCUCAGAACCUGAUCACAAUUGUAGAUCCACCACGAGCAGGGCUGCAUUCCAAGGUAAUUCUUGCCCUUAGAAGAGCUGAACAUCUGAAGAAGCUCAUCUAUGUCUCCUGCAAUCCCAGAGCUGCAAUGAAUAACUUUGUGGACCUGUGCCGGGCCCCUUCCAACAGGGUGAAAGGAGCCUCGUUCCGGCCUGUGAGAGCCAUGGCUGUGGAUCUGUUCCCUCAGACCAGGCACUGUGAGUUACUGAUCUUCUUUGAGAGGGUGGAAUAUGCCAAUGGCAGCUCUGCAGCAGCAGCACCUGCUGCCAGUGAGAUCCCAGCAGCAGCCUGUGGCACCAAGGGCAUGGAUGGCAGCCCAGCCAGCAAGGGGAGCCAGGCAGCUGCUGGCCAUGGGGACUGCAGUCCAAGAGAGGGCUCACCUUAACUCCUGAGAGACUUCAUAGGAACUACUUUGGUUUUUGACUGCAUUGGUAACAUCACUUCUGUAACAUCCAGGUAAUAAAUCUCUGCACAACAGAGUAAUUGCAAUGCUUCCAACUUAUUUCAUCAUCCCAAUUUGAAUUGUUUCGUUAUCAUCGAUUCCCAGAACGGUUUGUGUUGGAAGGGACCUUAAUGAUCAUCUCAUAAGCACCCCUUUGCCAUGAGCAGGGACACCUUCCACGCAACCAGGUUGCUCAGAGCCCCAUCCAGACUCAUCUCAAACACUUCCAGGGACAGGAUGUUACAUACAAUUAGCCCAAAUCCAGCUUUUCCCUUCCUGCCUAGAUACAUACAUAUAUUUAUGUAUAGAUGCCCCAAUUCCCAGAGCAGGUCAUCUUGCUACAUGGACCUGAACCUACCUGUCAGUACUUCAUCAUUCUCUGACCUCUGUCAAAACUGUGCUGUGUUUUUUCAGUAUGCAAGUUAAGAUUAACCCUUUCAAAAAUAAUUUACUUGCUAAAUAUUAGGAAGUAACAAACUCAGUCUAAUAAAAAUGCCACACUUUCCACAGCUGAAGUCGGUCUUACUCUCAGACUGUAGCAUCAGUGACAAGACUAUGAAGGCUGUAAGUU